UGCCCAAGCCUUGGGCUUCAGCAGGGAUAACAAUAGCCAACAAUUGUUCCUAUCCAGUCUGGCCAGGAAUUCAGUCCAGUCCAAAAUACCCUGUCGUGGCCCGCGGGGGCUUUUUCCUCCCUCCUAACACGGAGCAGUGGGUUGAUUUUCCCGCGAUCUGGUCAGGCAGUAUUUGGGGCCGCUUGGGCUGUAAUUUUGAUGUCGCGGGCCGUGGCAAAUGUGUCACCGGAGACUGUGGCAACGGCCUCUACUGCAACGGGCUCAGCGGUGCUCCGCCAGCCACCAUUGUCAGUCUUGCUAUACAAGAUGAUCAACAAUACUACAAUGUGAGUUUUGUGAACGGCUAUAACGUCCCCAUCACCAUAAAAUCAUUCACAGGCCCAGAUGAUUCUAAGUGUGGGAUUGUGGGCUGUACCAAAGACCUCAACACUGUGUGCCCUGCUGCCCUGCAGGUGCGUUCAAUGGACUAUAAGAGUGUAGUCGCGUGCAAGAGUCCAUGUGGAAAUGCAAAGACAUGUGGGCCCAACCAAUAUUCUAAAAUCUUUAAGAAAUAUUGUCCUAAAGCUUAUACCUAUACCUUUGAUAAAACCCCUUCUAGUGUUGUUCCUUGUGCCAAUGUUGUGCCCAAACCUUGGGCUUCAGCAGGAUUAACAAUUGCCAACAAUUGUUCCUACCCAGUCUGGCCUGGGAUUCAAUCCAGUCCACAGUACCCCGUUGUGGCCCGCGGGGGCUUUUUCCUCCCUCCUAACUCGGAACAAUGGAUUGGUUUUUCCGAUCUGUGGUCAGGCCGUAUUUGGGGCCGCUUGGGCUGCAAUUUUGAUGCCGCAGGCCGUGGCAAAUGUAUAACCGGAGACUGUGGCAGCGGCCUCUACUGCAACAAGCUUAGCUGUGUCCCGCCAGUCACCAUUGUCAGUCUUUCUAUACAAGAUGAUCAACAAUACUACAAUGUGAGUUUUGUGAACGGUUAUAACGUCCCCAUCACCAUAAAAUCAUUCACAGGCCCAGAUGAUUCUAAAUGUGGGAUUGUGGGCUGUACCAAAGACCUCAACACCGUGUGCCCCGCCGCCCUGCAGGUGCGCUCAGCGGACAAUAAGAGUGUGGUGGCGUGCAAUAGUCCAUGUGAAAAUGCAAAAACAUGUGGGCCCAACAAAUAUUCUAGACUCUUUAAGAAAUAUUGUCCUAAAGCUUAUACUUAUACCUUUGAUAAAACCCCUUCUAGUGUUGUUCCUUGUGCCAAUGUUGGUUAUGUGAUCACUUUCUGUCCUAAAAAUAAAUGA